AUGACUUUCCUAACCUACUUCACCCGCAAAACAAUGUCCGUCAUUCCUUUUACCGCUCAUCAUACCAAAUCCAUCUUUCCAAGCUACACUAGAUUUCUUCAUCUAGAUUCUUUCUUUCCAAGAUCAAUCACUCCAUCUCAUUUUGUCAAUCCGUUCGUUCAAUCAAGAAUCUUGCCGUCACCUUCAAUUAUCUCGCUAAUAGGAGGAGUUCGUGGAAUGAAAGUUCGAUCUUCGGUAAAGAGACUGUGUGAUGGUUGUUAUACGGUCAAACGGAAGGGUACGGUGUAUGUGCUUUGUAAGAAGAAUCCAAAACAUAAACAACGACAAGGCUAA